AUUAAAAGGAACGUACUACCUUAUUCCAUCUUAAUUCAUAGUUUGUCACGCAUGCGUAUGAAACUAGGGUAUUGCAUUACUUGUGUAGAAAUAUGGGAAAACAUAUUGGAGUUUUGUUUAUAAGUGUUCUUAUAUUCAUUUCACGUUGUGAAUGUACAGAUGUCGUCCUUUCAAAGGAUCGUGAAUUUGCCACCGAAAAUGAGACGUUGACAUUCAUCUGCUCCACCGGGUCAGGCUAUGAAUUUGUUAGUUUCUUAAACGAAACAACUCCCAUUGGAAGUAUCUCUUAUACUGGCGAUAUUUGUCACACGAGUAUUAAAACAGCCAACUGUUCCUGUGUGAACGUAACUACCUACACGUGUACAACAAAUACUCUAACCAGAUUGAAUAAUAAUGAACCAUGGCGAUGUAGAGCAACGCGGAAUGGCAUUGGAAACCAAAGCAAUAUAGUUUCUAUCGUUGUAAAAGUACCAAUCAGGUUGGCUAUAAUCCCAGACGUAGUCAAUCCAAUGAUUAUUAACGAAUGGAAGGAACUAAGAGUAAUAUGCGAGGCACCUAAUGGUAUACCUGCGGCAAAUAUCAGCUGGUUCCUGGUUAAUCAAACAGAUGAUUACGGCGAUGAUUAUAUUUUACAUCAUUCGAUAAGAAAUGUUAUUGCUAAUACUGAUAAAACAUACACAUCCGAGAACACCCUGACAUUUAAUGUGAGCAGGGAAAAUCAGGGCAUAGAGAUGUACUGCAAUGCAAGUAACGAUGAAAACCACGUAGUAUCGAGCGAAAUGAUCCGUCUUGAAGUUCGAUACCUUCCAAAGCAAGCGGUUAACAUAAAUAAUCAGCAAGAUUAUGGAACUUUCUCUAUGAUUCGGAAUUCUGGCACAGAACAGUCUUUGCAGUGUUCUGUUUAUGGUGGCAAUCCCUUCGCUAACCUUUCAUGGUCGUGUUACAAUGGUACCCAGACUGACAUGAAUACUCCCUCAAGUGCUGUCAGCAAUGUUUCCUGGUUUGCUGGUGACUUUAAUGACGCGAUUUGUACCUGCAAUGCCUCUCAUUUAAUUGGAUGGACUAAGACGCAAGCAGUGGCCAUUAACGUCCUCUUUACACCGACUCUUAUAAAAUGUACGGUCGGUAAUAGAACACUGUUUUCGGGUAUUUUAAACGUGACAUUAUGUUCAAAUGUUACAUUAACUUGUGAAAGCCUCGGGAAUCCUCCACCUACCAAUUAUACCUGGAUAUGGCCAUACCAUAAUAUAACUACGGGGCAUCUUCUCUCGUUCAAUAAUAUUCAACGGUGGUUUGAAGGAAAUUACACACUUUUGGUUGAAAACGUUAUGGAUCCUAGCAUUGGACCAACAGUGACUGGAUACGCUAAUGCAACAUUUGACGUGCAUGUUCUUUAUCACCCAGACACACCUACCUUUAGGUUUGAACCGCACGUUAAUAAUUUAACGAUAAACAGCCUUAGUGUAAUAAGGAAUGAACAGAUAAGAAUUGCCUGUAUCUCUGACGGAAAUCCACCACCAUCUUACAAUUGGUCAACAGGACAAAACGUGCAAAUCAUCAAUUAUACAGCACCAAACAGUGAUACUAACCUUACGUGUGAAGUUUCCAAUACAUUGUACCCAACUGGUGCAAGUAGUAAACACGCUGCUGUUAAAUCAAUUCUCGAAAUAAAAGUUUUGUUUCCGCCAGAAACUCCUGUUAUUGUGAUUAACUCAAGGUGCCUAAAUAAGCAAACGUUAAAACAAAACGUUAUUCAAAUAUUAGAACAUGAUAAAAUGAGUGUGGAAUGCUUCGCUGAUGGAAAACCGGAGCCAACAUACCAAUGGACCAAUUGUUCACAGUCGUAUAAAUUUGAUAUUUUAAAUGUCUCUAAAGAAGAUAAAGGAACAUAUGUUUGCAAUGCUUCCAACAUAAUGAACCAAACAUACGGAGAUACUGUAGUGGGACGAAAUGAUUCAUCAUUUGAUCUCGAUAUAUUAUAUCCACCCAAAAUAACAACACUUAACACAUCCGUUGAGGUCCUUGAAGGUGUUAACUACAGUUUAAAUUGUGAGGCAGAGCCGGGAAAUCCAAAGAAUACAUCAUAUUAUUGGACAAGUACAACACAACCUGACAUAUCUGGCCAAAACCUCAUCAUAAAGAAUAUUUCUCGAGCCGAUGAAGGCAUUUUUACCUGUUCUGCACACAAUAUAAUGAAACCGACUGGAUGUACGGCAAUGGACGGAAGCGAUGUGAAAAAUGUUACCAUCGAUGUGCAAUAUAAGGCGUCCAUCAUUACGUUUACGGCUAUGAAUACUACGAAUACUACAGUUCAACACGGUGAUGUAGUAACCUUUGCGUGUGAAGUAGAUAGUGACCCACCUGCUGAUAUCAGCAUAUUAUCAAACAAUGGAUCGACACUUAAGAACAUCAAAGGCAAUAAUAUGUUCAAUUACACCAAGAACAGUUCAUGCUUAGAGGACAUUGGUCAGUUUUCUUGUAUUUCUGAAAACAAACAUAACCGUAAUCAACCAGACAUAAGGACCAUUACAUUGGAUGUCGAAUGUUCGCCUUUUUAUCGACCGAAUUACUUCCAAAAUACAACAAUCUCAACUAGACCGGGGAACUUCGUAGUACUUAAUUUCAGUGUGUUUUCGAACCCUCCACCAACCCAGUUUACAUGGACAAACAUUUCAAACAGUAUGCAACUUCCGAUUCACACAACAACAUCUGACAGAGUUAUUAUCAACACUACUGCAGAUGACAUGUCCUCUUCGCUCAUAAUAACAAGGGUGGAGCCCUGGGACUUCGGUAAUUACUCUGUAGAGGUUGAAAACGAAAUUGGCAGCAUGAUCGAAACGUUUCUCAUCGUUGUAGAGGUACCAUCAACUUCACCUGGCCCACCUAUUAUUAACGUUUCACCGGAUGAGCAGACUAAUACAAACACCAUUGGCGCUGUCAUAGGCGGUUCUGUUGGUGCAAUAACUGCUGUAGUGAUAACUGCAGUCGUUGUCAUAGUUUUCGUUUAUAGGAAGAUGAAAGGCACAGCAAAUUAUAACAACAAUAAUUUACAACUUUUACAAGAUACGCGUCAUGAAAGUGGAAAAAUGGAGACAAGUUUUGACAAGGUUUUACCGACCAAUGAUGACGCUCCAAUGAAUGAAGAAGAAAAGAACAUAUAUGGAAACAUACAGACGAAUGAUGCUUUUGGGAACACGUUUACAAUUAAAACACUACGGGAUACGAUACGACAACUAAAACUAGAUCCCCUACCCUUGUUUAAAGAAUUUUACUCACUGCAAAUGGGUUUGAAAUACGACACAAAACACGCACUGAAGAAAAAUAAUGUUGCAAAAAAUAGAUACAGAAGUGUCUACCCAUACGAUGCCAGUAGGGUGGUCCUUCCCUUCUUGAGAGGGGAUCUAGAGUCUGAUUUCAUUAAUGCCAGUUACAUCGAUGGAUACUGUAAACCAAGAAAGUAUAUAGCUGCCCAAGGACCUCUCGAAAAUACAAUCAGUGAUACUUGGAGAAUGAUUUAUUCGGAAGACGUAAAAGUUAUUGUCAUGGUUACAAAUCUUAUCGAAACAGGAAAGAGAAAAUGUUUUCAAUAUUGGCCAGAUGACCGUGCAACAUACGGAGAGUGUAAUGUCAAGCUUGAUCAAGUUGAAGAGUAUGCUGACUUUGUUGUCAGGCAAAUAACAUACAGCAUGGAAGGUACACGAUUUGAACGACAACUGAUUCAGUUUCAUUACACAUCAUGGCCCGACAAAAAUGUACCUGCGACGGCUUUGUCUUUAGUGCAAUUUUGGAGAAAAGUUAGACAGAGCGAAUUUGUGGAAAAUACACCUUGGAUGGUGCAUUGCAGCGCUGGUGUAGGAAGGACCGGGACCUUCAUUGCCUUAGACUACCUUUUUGAUCAAGGGAAGGUUGAUGGGAAACUGAAUGUUCCAGAAACUGUGAAUCUUCUAAGGGAGCAGCGAAUUAGCAUGGUUCAAACAAAGGAGCAGUAUCUGUAUCUGCAUGAAGCUAUCACAGAAUUACUAUCCCCGGUUGGGCAGAUUUUUACUCCUGAAAAUAGUUUGAGGUUACGGUCAACUGCAACAGAAGAAAGCAAAUUGAAGAAAGAAUUCAAAGUAAUAACAAAUUCGAUCGUAAGCGUUAAAACAGACUUUGAAGAAAACGACUCCGAUUUAAAAAGGAUGCCCGACGGCCUAUUACCGGAAAACAUUUGCAAGUCAAUAGACCAAACCGUCAUACCAGAUGACCUCUUUCGGCCAUUGAUUUCCACAGGAAAUGAUUUCAUAAACGCUGUUUAUAUUCCGACAUACAGAGAUGCCGAAAAGUAUAUUGUGACGCAAUAUCCGUUACAAAAUACUGUUCUUGACUUUAUUCGGCUUUUGUGGGACCACAGCAUUGAGGAUGUUGUUUUACUCGACGUAGGAGAUGAAAAGCUGCAUUGCUAUUGGCCAAACAACAAAAGUCCCCUUUGUAUUGGACCUUUUGUCAUCAGUCUUUUAUCCGUGGAUGAGGGGAAUAACUGCACAAAUCGAAGAAUAGAUAUAUCGUUAGCCGAAAGGCGUCAAAACAAACAGACGGUGGUGCAUCAGUUCACCGCGUGGCCUGGAUAUUUGAAUCUCUGUGAACCGAAGCCAUUGACCGACUUCCUUCAGACGAUCAGCAGGUUUGCAGGACCUGUCGUUGUACAAUGCCAUGAUGGGUACUCACGAAGUGGGUUAUUUGCGGCACUUUUGAGUAUUGUUGACCGAAUAAAAACCGACAAGGAAGUUGCAAUAGCAGACACGGUCAGGGUGGUGAAACACCGGCGUCAGGCAGCUAUUACUGAUGUGGAGCAGUACCAGUUUUGCCAUGAAGUAGUAUUUGAAUAUCUUAAGGGCAGAGAGAAUCAAACAGAAGAAAAAGAAAAUCAGGAGUAUGUUAACAUGACAUUUCCCAAGUUCCUAUAAAUCAGACUAUAACUGAUUUAAUAGGCAUUGCAAUAAAGGCAAGCUAUUCGUUUGACAAAGUGCUUCAUAAAUCUAUAGAGCUUAAAGAUAACCUGAAUAUUGAAGUUGUGCAAUUUAACGUUUGUCUGGGUCGAUAGUCAUGCAAUCAUUGAGUGAGACCAUACGUGAUAUCGGCACGCUUACGGACACAAGGACACGAAAUACGUGCUGUUUAUCAGAUAUUUAUGCACGAUGUCAUAAUUUAUUUCGCCGUUCAAGGUCACUUUGACGUCAUCGUUAGGAAAUUGUGUUUGCAAGUAACACAUGCUAUAAAUAUUGCGUGAUUUAAUACUUAUUUAUCGUUUUAUAAAUGACAUUUAUUAAGAUGUGCUUUGGUCCGCAUUUAAAGUAAAGAUUCUUUUGAACAAAUAUCUAACGUAUCUUGGAAGAGCAAAAAUGAACAAUCAACCAGGAAGAUUAGACCUAAAUUUGAAUGUUCACCUUGACAUUUAAGUGUGCAUGUGCCUCUUGUCUUGUUUUGCAUACCUGGCUCGAUGUAUUUGUUUAGUGUAGACAUAAGGAAGAUUUGUUGUAUGCACUUAAAGUGGAAGACAUACAUCGGUUUGAGCAGUUUUUUUCAACUUUAAAAGUUUUUUUGUGUUUUGGUUCGCUACCAGCCGACAUGCAUUGCUGUUUUUUUGCGUAGUUAUAAAGAUAACUUAUUGCGAAGGUCUUGAGAUUGCUUCAGUUUGGCUAUGUCAGGAAUUUUGUCUUAUUUGCUUCCUAUAUAUGGCGCAUUGAAAUAUAUUCCAUUUAAUAUAUCAAGUAUCCGGUCAUCUUAAGUCAAAAUAAGGAUAAUAGCGCACGUCAGACAUACACGUAAACGUCUUAUUGUACUGGCGAAGGCCGAAACAAUCCUGCCCCAGUGAGAUAUCUUUGAUUGAAAUUAACAUAAGUUAAAAUGAUAUUUAUUAUACACAGACAUGUACAUAUAUUUGUCUCCGACUUGCUAGCAUGAUUUGUAUUUAUGCAGUUAUAAGUGUUCUAUAAUUAUUUGUGUUGCCGGCAAUGUGAAUUAGGCUGUUUGGAUAAUGCCAUUCACUAUCAUACCUUGCAUAUAUCUUUUUGUAACCAUACUGACUGAAUGUGAUUGACUAUUUGUAUGUAUGACUCGUUACUUGUGAAUCAUACAGUUUUUUACCGAAAUGAAAGUACCCAGCUGAAAGUAUUUUAAUUUUAAGCUUUAAGUUAAUAAUAGUAACAAUAAUAAUAACAGAUAACGAGAAACUGUCUGAUGGUUUUCACAAUUUUUUUACACCAUACAAGGACAUUAUAUUUAUCUUUGUUCACUGUACAAUGCAAGCUACACCUUGUACCUUUUGUUCAAACUUAUGUUUGGUAAUCAUUUAAAGUAUGACUUUGCGUUGGGACUGUAAUUUAUUACGCCUUUUUGUAAAAAACAAAGGCAUUGAAUUCCAACUGAAUCAAUCUGAUUUUAUCUUCCUGUUUUGUGAAUGGUAUUUAUUGUUUGAACAUAAUGAUUUUGCCAUGCUCUGAGGUAUUUGAAUAGGAUCUUAGUUUCAUAUCUUUGGUUAGCUCGGUGCAAUUCUAAUUUUUCUUGCAAUACUGUAUUAACUGUUUUAUAUAACAACUAUUUGAUACAGUUUUUCAUUUAUAAAUUGAGUUGUAAUAAGGUAUUGAGCGAUGUAAUCUGAAUAAACACAACUUCCUCGUUGAAA